ACCAACCCUUGUGCUCCUUUAUUUCUAGACAUCAGAUGGCAAACUGUUAAUAUUGUUUGCCCAGGCAGUAAUGCAUACAGUCUUGUCCAGCUCUCAUAUUGUUGUUUACAAAUAUGUAAACACGUAUCUUAGUAGAAGAGGUGAGGAGGUGGAUUACUUCCGUGGGCCAGAGGUCAUGUGCAGUAGUGGCGGGAACAUCCACAGGAAGUGACAGGACAACUUAGCGACAUCUGUUAUGAUAGUCUUGAUCAUCAAGAUGGCUUGGGCAAGUGUAACUAAGGACAUGUCAACUAGCGACAGCCAUGGCAGACCGGAGGAAGUGCAUUACGAAAGUAACUCCCUCACAAAUGGAGAUGGAGACGGGGAAAACCUCAGAUCAACUAGCGACAGCCAUGGCAGACCGGAGGAAGUGCAUUACGAAAGUAACUCCCUCACAAAUGGAGAUGGAGACGGGGAAAACCUCAGAUUCCCUCAGCAGUGUGAGGAUGAUCCGUAUGGCUUCAACGCCACAAUGGUGAUUGGGCACACGGCUGCCCCACUCCGGUGGUGUCGUCCAUUUAACCUCCCAUUCUCUGCUUAUACGGACGUGCCACAGCCCAGUCGUCAUGUGACUGCAAACGAGAGGGGAAAUGAGGUUGCUGAUCAAGUGCUGCCUGUGGCUACUCCACCACAGAGUCCAGAGGAUCAGAGUCCUACCAGGGCUCCACCUGUCAGGCCUAGUCUAACAUUGACUGCAACCAAGAUGGAGAACGAGGUCGCAGAGGAAGUGCUGCAGGUGGCUCCUAAGCCACAGAGUCCUAUCAGAGCUCCAGCUGUGACGGCCAAUGACAUAGCCUCCGCUCCGAUUCCCACAAGACCAAGUCCCAAAAAGGGAAAAGGCAUUGAGCCUUUGGGAGUGCUGUUGCAAGCUUGCCAGGGUGGGGGGAGUGUCCCUGUCCAGGCCAUGGGGUCAGACGAGGACGAGGCGGCCAAAGGGAGGAGGUUCAAGAGAGGACGCAAAGACACCCGGAGGAGACGCAGAAGAGGACAGCGCCGAAACAGCCACUAGAGGGGAGCACUUUGCUACCCAAAGGAUUUUAUUUUUUAUUUUUCAAAUUUUAAAGAUGAAUUAAAGCUUGAUAAAAAAAAGGAAGUUAAGGGACAAAAUUGAAUUAUUUGAAAUAUUUUACUGAUGGAGAAGUCUAGUUACCAUGUUAUUGUUAUUACCAAGCAGCUGA